ACCCCCAAACCUCCUUCCCGGGUCGUGCCGGUGCUUUUUGUGGUGGGCAGAUCCCCUGCACACACCCCCCCCCCCCCCCCCUUGAGGCACCAUGGCGGUGUCCUGGAGGAGCUGGCUGGCCAACGAGGGGAGCAAGCACCUCUUUUUGUUUUUCUGGCUCUCUCUCAAUGUGUGGCUCUUCUGGAAAACCUUCCUGCUCUAUUAUCGAGGGCUCCAGUACUAUUAUUUGCAUCAGAUGUUAGGGCUAGGAUUGUGUGUUAGCAGAGCUUCAGCAUCUGUCCUCAAUCUCAACUGCUGCCUGGUCCUUCUACCAAUGUGCCGUGUUCUCUUGGCCUUCCUCCGAGGGUCUCAGAAGGUUGCCAGCAGGAAAACCAGAAGGCUGAUAGACAAAAGUAAAACUUUCCAUGUGACAUGUGGUGUAACAAUAUGCAUCUUUUCAGUCUUACAUGUUGCUGCUCAUCUGGUGAAUGCUCUUAACUUCUCUGAGAACUACAAUGAAGACUUUCUGGCAAUAAAUGCAGCACACUAUCGUGGUGAGGACCCAAGGAAACUGCUUUUUGCUACUGUUCCAGGUCUGACUGGAGUCUUUAUGGUGCUGGUAUUAUUCCUAAUGUGUACAGCUUCUACGUAUGCCAUCAGCGGAGUGCUCAAGUACCAAACCAACUUAGAGGAACACCCUCCUGGUUGCUUUAAUCCUAACAAAACACUCCGAGAGAAUAUGACAGUGCCAAAGGCUUUUGAAGAGCCGUUUCCUAACCAUACUACUGAACCUUUCCCAGAGGACUUAUCAGUACCAGAAACCUUUAUACAAAAUAACUUUAUGAGAAUUUGUUCCGAGGAACCCAAGUUCCAGUCACACUUCCCAGAGACCUGGUUUUGGAUUUCUGGACCUCUCUGCUUGUACUGCGUAGAACGGCUGUACCGCUACAUCCGCAGCAAUAAGCCGGUCACAAUAACUUCAGUGAUAAGCCAUCCCUCCAAUGUCCUUGAAGUAAGGAUGAUCAAAGAUGACUUUCAAGCAAGGCCUGGCCAGUAUGUUAUUCUACACUGUCCAAGAGUGUCUGGACUGGAAAGCCAUCCAUUCACCCUUACAAUGUGCCCUACAGAUACCAAAGCAACGUUUGGGGUCCACCUUAAAGUAGUAGGAGACUGGACAGAAAGAUUUCGGGAUUUACUGCUUCUACAUUCAAAUCAAGACACAGAGAUUCUGCCCAUCUUUCAGCAGAGGUGCUAUCCCAAACUGUAUGUGGAUGGACCUUUUGGAAGUCCCUUUGAGGAAUCCCUGAACUAUGAGGUCAGCCUCUGUGUGGCUGGUGGUAUUGGAGUUACGCCAUUCGCAUCGGUACUCAACACGCUGCUUGACGGCUGGAAACGCUACAAGCUGAGGAGACUCUACUUCAUUUGGGUGUGCAGGGAUGUUGAAUCUUUCCGCUGGUUUGCAGAUUUGCUCUGUAUGCUGCAUGACAAGCUUUGGCAAGAGAAUCGACCAGACUAUAUAAAUAUCCAGCUGUACCUCAGUCAAACAGAUGGAAUACAGAAAAUAAUUGGUGAAAAAUAUCAAGCCCUAAACUCGAGGCUUUUGAUUGGACGACCCCGGUGGAAGCUCCUCUUCGAUGAAAUAGCAAAGUGUAACAGGCGGAAGACCAUUGGAGUUUUCUGUUGUGGACCAAACAAAAUCUCUAAGAUACUUCAUAAACUGAGCAACAGCAGCAACUCUUAUGGGACAAGGUUUGAGUAUAAUAAAGAAUCCUUCAGCUGAAAUCUGUUGGACUAGCAAGAGUCUCUAGAAGAUAAAAGUGCAAUUUUUUGUUUGUACAACUUAAAAGUUCAGCUGUGGUUUAAACAGACAGAAAUGUACCAAAGAAUAGCACAGUUUUUCUUAUUUAUGAUUAUUUAAGAGUCUGGAAAAUGAUGGACAUGGCAGUAUACCAACAAAUAAUAAGUGUUUAUGCUCAAAGCCAAAUGUGCUCACACAGUAUUUGUGGCAGCAGUGAUUCUUUGGAGUUGUUUCUGUUAAAUGAAAAGUACAAACACUGGGGAGGGACACAGUUGCUUUAAAGCCAAUGGAAGGACAAUCUGUGGAAUGUUCUUCCACUUCAGCCCUCUGAAGUUGGAUCAGUAAAUUAAACCCCAGGUUAAUCCAAAUGGCAAAACAUAGUGCAUUUCAAAGACCUAUUGCUUUUGUUGGUAUACAAACCUUAUGGCUUUGGGGUGGAGACACUCCAUAUUAAAGGUUUUAUGCAUUGC